UCUUGUAGAUGAAGCUGGCCUCAAACUCACAGAGACCCACAUGCCUCUGCCUCCAGAGGGUUGGGAGUGAAGCUUGCAUCCCCAUGCCAGCUAGGAAGACAUUAAUUGUCAUGACAUACUGCCCUCAGAUGAUCCUCCUUUCAAGCCUCCUGCUUUAACCCCAACUUCCAAAGCGCACCUGGUAGUCAUAGUUGACAGAUUCCUCCUGUCUUUCCUCUGCUGUCAGCCACUGCCACCCUCUGGUUCCAGCCUAUAGCUUGUCCUCCCUGUUGACAUCAAGUAUGUAAGGGAUGCAGCCCUCAUCUUGCCUGUCUCUUGUCUCAUGAUACAGCCCGCAAACAGAUGAUCCAUAAAUGGCUACUGCACUUUCGGCUUGAUGCCCCAGGCCUGUCCACAUUGCAACUGUUACCUGGGUGGUAACUUUCCUCUAUAAAUAGGUGGUUUCUGUUUCAGGAAUAGUUUGCUGUGAUAUACCCCUCGGCUGCCCCGCCCAAGCCUCUUAGAAACGGAGGAUCAGAAAGAGAGGUAUUCAAAUCCUCCACCACAAUACCUGUGGCCCUCUUAAGAGCAGCAGGGUCUUUCUUUCCGCCUGACUUCCUGUCCACAGGGAACUCCCACAGAGAAUCUGCUGUUCUUCCUCGAUUUUCUGUCCACUCUUCCCGUUUCUUUCAGUGAUCCAGUCCCUCAUGGCGCAACAGUGUUUCCACAGUGAAUAUUUUGACAGUCUGCUGCAUGCUUGCAAACCGUGUCACUUGCGAUGUUCCAACCCUCCUGCAACCUGUCAGCCUUACUGUGAUCCAAGAUCGGCUCAGCUGGACAAGGCCGACACCGAGCUGACUAGGAUCAGGGCUGGUGACGACAGGAUCUUUCCCCGAAGCCUGGAGUAUACAGUGGAAGAGUGCACCUGUGAGGACUGUGUCAAGAGCAAACCCAAGGGGGAUUCUGACCAUUUCUUCCCGCUUCCAGCCAUGGAGGAGGGGGCAACCAUUCUUGUCACCACAAAAACGGGUGACUACGGCAAGUCAAGUGUGCCAACUGCUUUGCAAAGUGUCAUGGGGAUGGAGAAGCCAACUCACACUAGAUAAUGAGCUUCCUAACUGGUGUGAAGCUGCUUUGAGAACCUUCUGUCAGGAGAGCUGGUGUUUUAGAUGUCGUUAGGAUGACCGUUUACCAACCAAGAAUACAGUUUUUUGUCCUUUAA